GAACAAUCUGUAGCAUCUUAGAGACCAGUAACUGGGCCUGGACGCAAACACGACACACAAGUUUUAUACCUACACUAAUAUCACAGUUUAGGAGCAAGAACCAUGAGCCAGAGACAAGUCCUGCAAGUUUUCGAGCAGUAUCAGAAGGCCAGGACACAAUUUGUGCAAACUGUUGCAGAGCUUGCUACCAGGCCCCAAAAUAUUGAAACAUUACAGAAUGCAGGCGUUAUGUCUCUGCUGCGGCCCCUUCUCUUGGACGUGGUCCCAAGUAUCCAGCAGACCUCUGCUUUGGCUCUUGGAAGGCUAGCCAAUUAUAAUGAUGACCUGGCAGAAGCAAUUGUUAAAGGAGACAUUCUUCCACAACUUGUGUAUUCUCUGGCUGAGCAGAAUCGCUUUUACAAAAAAGCAGCAGCAUUUGUGCUACGAGCAGUUGCCAAGCAUUCUCCUGAGUUAGCUCAGUCAAUAGUUGAUUGUGGAGCAGUGGAUGCUCUGGUGAUUUGCCUAGAAGACUUUGACCCAGGAGUAAAGGAAGCAGCCGCCUGGGCACUGGGCUAUAUCGCUAGACACAACGCAGAACUGUCUCAGGCUGUAGUGGAUGCAGGAGCUGUCCCCUUGCUUGUACUCAGUAUACAGGAGCCAGAGAUCGCUUUAAAAAGGAUUGCUGCUUCAGCCCUGAGUGAUAUAUCAAAGCAUUCUCCGGAGUUAGCACAGACGGUUGUGGAUGCAGGGGCCAUAGCUCACCUAGCUCAGAUGAUUCUCAAUCCAGAUGCUAAACUCAAGCGCCAGGUACUUUCUGCAUUAAGUCAGAUUUCAAAGCAUUCAGUAGAUUUGGCGGAAAUGGUGGUGGAAGCUGAAAUUUUCCCUGUCGUCCUGACCUGCCUAAAGGAUUCUGAUGAAUAUGUUAUGAAAAAUUCAGCAACUCUAAUUCGAGAAAUUGCCCGCCACACACCAGAGCUGUCGCAGCUCACAGUUAAUGCAGGGGGAGUGGCUGCUGUUAUUGACUGCAUUGCAAACUGCAAGGGGAAUGUGAGGCUUCCUGGUAUCAUGAUGCUGGGCUAUGUUGCAGCUCAUUCAGAGAACCUUGCGAUGGCUGUCAUCAUCUCGAAGGGGGUUUCACAAUUAGCCAUCUGCCUGUCAGAGGAAGCUGAGGACCACAUAAAGGCAGCUGCGGCGUGGUCCCUGGGCCAGACUGGGAGACACACUCCUGAGCAUGCACGUGCUGUCGCUGUAGCAAAUGUGCUGCCAAAACUACUUUCACUUUACAUGGACUCUGAGAGCUCAGAGGAUCUUCAGGAAAAGGCCAAGAAAGCCUUAAAAAACAUCCUGCAAAAAUGCACUCAUUUGCCAGCACUUGAACCACUGUUACACGACGCUCCUCCCAAUAUCCUGAAGCACGUUGUUGCACAAUUCAGUAAGGUUCUGCCACACGACAGCAAAGCAAGGCGCCUUUUUGUAACAAGUGGUGGACUUAAAAAGAUUCAAGAAAUAGCAGCAGAUCCUGGGUCAGCUCUUCAAGAGUACAUUAACACUAUAAACAACUGCUUCCCAGAAGAAAUUGUCAGGUAUUAUUCUCCUGGAUAUUCACAGACACUUCUGGAGAGGGUGGAUCACUACCAGCCAGUUAUUUGAAGAAUUAUUGUAUUCUAAAAAUCUAAUUUAAUCACAAAUGAUGAUUUUUACCAGAUAUGUUAAAUAUAAACUUCCAUGGACCAAAUAUAUAUUUUUUAUACAUUUGAAGCAUACAUCAUUUGUUA